AUGGUCACAGAUAAAGUUGUAGUUCUCAUUUUACAGGCUCGAACGAUCACUUGCAAGCCUGAAUGCGAUUUUUGUGCCACAAUCACAAGAGAGUUCUUGGUGAAUGGUGAGAAGCGGGAAAGAACGAUGCGGAGUUGUGGAUGUGAACCGAUUCGAUCAGCGAAUGGACGAGUGACAAAAUGCAAGUUCCUAGUGAACAAGAUGCGACUUGAGGAGUUCACAGAGAAGAGGGAAAGAGCAAGAGUCGAGAUGGCUUGUUGUAGAGGAGAUCGCUGCAAUGACGGGCCUCAUCCACCUCCUCCUUCAUCAACUCCAUCACCUCCUCCAUCAACACUUCCACAAGAGGAAGAUUUUCAAGAAGAAGAGCUUGAAGAAAGCGUUUUCGUCGCAUCAUCCCCAAAAAUCUCUCUCAUUUCCUCAUUUCUCAUCAUUUUUCUUGUCUACUUUUGU